CCGCCCCCUGGACCCCACGCCAAUUAGUGACCUGCCAGUGUCAUUUUUGAGUACAGGUUUACCUGAACAACAGACUGAAUAAAGCUCGUUCAGUACACAUACAGUGCAUGCAAAGCCAAGCCGAUCUACUUGUAUCCAACGAAAAGCAAUAUAGGUUGACGGCUAAAUCACCCAAAGUGUAAAGUAACCUUCAGCAUGCCUCUGAGGACAACAGUAAUUGGUAGUUACCCCAAAUCUGCCUGCUGCAAUAUCCCAGACUGGUUCACCAACCAGGCAGAUUAUAAUCCGGCAGAUUUCAACAAAUUUGUGAAGGGUGUAGCACCAGAAGACUACGAAGCGCUGGUCGACAAGGCAGUCAAAGAAACGUUGACAGAACAAACAUCAUUGGGUAUCGAUGUCGUGACUGACGGCGAGAUUCGACGCGGCAAUUAUAUCAAUCAUCUCUGUCGGCAUUUAAAAGGCUUUGACUUCGAGAACUUAACGAGAAAAUCAUGUCGGAACGGGGCUUGGGUCUCCGAGGUACCUACUAUCCGAGGAAAGAUGAGGAUACCUGAUGAAAUGGACUGGAUAGCUGAGGAAUGGCGAUCAGCUCAGAACAAUUGUGACAAGCCGGUCAAGGUCACCGUUCCCGGUCCCAUGACUAUUAUCGGGUCAACAGCCAAUGUUUUCUACGAUGACGUGAAAGAGCUCAGCUCUGACUUGGUCAAGGUUGUCAAUGCACACAUAAGACAUUUAGCAAAAGCAGGAUGCCGUCAUAUCCAGUUGGACGAGCCGGUCAUGGUUCGAGACCCCGACGUCGCGCUCGACUACGGCAUCGAACAUGCGUCACAAUGCUUUGACGGUGUCGGCACAGACGUCACCAAAACCGUCCAUCUUUGCUGUGGCUAUCCACUUUAUCUGGAUCAAACUGAUUACCCUAAAGCCGACAAAGAUGCCUACUUUGUGCUCGCAGAUAAAUUAGACCAGGCAGGAUUCGACGAGAUUUCUCUUGAAGACGCACACCGCCGGAACGACCUAUCCCUAUUCGAUCACUUUAAGAAGACCAAGGUCGUCCUCGGUUCCGUAGCCGUCGCCCGAAGUCGUGUCGAGACCGUGGAAGAGAUACGAUCACGACUACGGGAUGUCCUGAAGCAUCUACCGGCCGCUGAUCAUCUUAUCGUGGCACCGGACUGCGGUCUGGGUUCCUACCCAAGGACAUUCUCCGAGCAAAGCUUACCAACAUGGUCGAGGCAGCCCAGUCUUUGCCGUAGAGUUUAUACGUGUUACCAUAGUGCAAUGAUAAGUUCUUGGUUAGGUCGAAGUUAUGAUUCAUUUUAGGUCAUAUAAUAACACCAAAUCUGAUGCAAAGUAUCAUAGGAACACUGGAGAUAAAAUUAAUUCUCAAAUGAUUUAAAAACAUAAUAUGAUAAGGAUAUGUAAUUACUGUACAAAACAAAAGAGGAACAAAGAUAUCCUCGGGAUUUAUAACAUUUGUCAAAACUGGUCGCCCCAUUUUUUAAAAUUUGCUAUUAAACACACUGAUAAUGAUGAUGAUUGAUGAUGCUGGUGAUGAUGAUGGUGAUGAUAUUGAUAACUGGGUUGUAGCACCUUUUCCAAGCCAUGUGCAAGAUGCUGAUCCUUGAGACUCAAUGAAAAUGCAUGUUUUUUUUAAUGAAUAAAUGUUCUUAAGAUUGGAAAUAUUUUCUGAGUGCUUUCUUCAUUAAAAAACAAAUCCUUUGAAUCAGGUUACAAAAAGUCCCGUGCUCUUAUGUACGAGCUAUAGAUGGAUGAACGUUUUGAAAGAAUAAAUCCGACGAUGCCAAAAUAAACUGCUUAUAAUCCUUGAGAUCUGUAAAUGUAUGGGAAUCGUCUGAAAUUUGCAAGUUUGUCGUGAUAUUUUCUCUAAACGCUCCACCUCACCUACUCAAGGUGUAUUUGGAACAGCGUUUUGCUCAAUCACUAUAAAAUGUCCUUCAAAUGAAUUUAAAGUUUGCUGGAUAUUGUAACUGUAAAAAUGUAACUUCAGUUAUUUUGGGCAAAUAAUCUGGUUGGAGAGUGGUCCUACAUUAAUGGUCGUCGGCACGACAAACUUACCGAUUUCAGAUAUACUUGUAAUUAAUAAUUUCAACUUAUAAGAAUUGGUCACUGUCAAUUUGUCUGAUUUUGUAAAAUUUUCACCGUCCUCAUUGCUUGAUCUAUUAAAAUGAGCUUCCUAUUUA